AUGGAGGUGAAAGCAAUGAUAAACAUGGAUGAGUUGCUGCAGACCAAGUCAAUCAUCAGCGGCAAGGAACAUGUGCGGUACUUCUCUUCUGUGUCUCCCCCUGAUGAGUUUGGCGUCAUUGAAAUAGUGCUAAGAUUUGAAAGCCAUGGCAUCAUGUCCCAACACUUCAAGGCAUUAAAGCCAGUACACGCCGAACCAACUGCACGAAUCGACUCUGCUGGCCUCCGGAGGAGAAAUCACACCCAGUAUGCAGCUUGUCCGCUCAUCCUGAAGAACUCAGCAGACAAAACCAACAUUAAAUUGCUCUACUUCUCUGAAAACUACAAUGAUAUACUAUACAAAGAAGAAUUGGAUAAGUAUAGAGAACAAGACAGUCGCCUGCAGGUGGUGUACACACUGGGUGAGGCGCCGGAAGAGUGGGAGGGUGAAGAGGGAUUCAUUAGCUCACAGAUGCUUGACAAACAUGUCGCAAAACCUAAUAUGGAGAAACACAAGGUAAUUGUGUCAUGA